AAAUUUCGCGCCUGCGCAGUAGCUAUAUUUUCUAGCCAUUCAAGCUACCCCAGCCAGCUAGACAAAUGUAAGCUAGCAGAGAUAUAAAUUAGACAAAGAAACCUUGUAAAGAGACUGAAUGAAAAAGAGUUCAAAGUGACGGACCGUGAAAGGAGCAGGUGUAAUACAAAGCUUUAUGCGUUAUUCGAUAUAUGUGGGAGUAUGAAAUUGAGAGUAUGUAACAUCAAGAUAAGGUCAUGAAGGAUCCAGUGAUAACCUAAAAACAUCCAUCUGUGUACAUUUCAACCAUUCAAGAGUGCUUUAAGGACGCAAGUGAGUGGUACCACAGAGCCAGCGAUGUCACGGGUUCCCACUCCUCCUCCUCCUGGGGAGAUGUCAAGUGGACCUGUGGCAGAGAGCUGGUGUUACACACAGGUCAAAGUUGUGAAGUUUUCCUACAUGUGGACCAUAAACAACUUUAGUUUUUGCAGAGAGGAAAUGGGAGAAGUGUUGAAGAGCUCAACUUUCUCUUCUGGCCCUAAUGACAAAAUGAAAUGGUGUCUGCGAGUCAAUCCAAAGGGACUUGAUGAUGAAAGCAAAGAUUAUUUGUCAUUGUAUUUACUUCUUGUUAGCUGUCCAAAAAGUGAAGUCAGAGCAAAGUUCAAAUUUUCUUUGUUGAAUGCUAAACGAGAGGAGACAAAAGCAAUGGAAAGCCAAAGAGCAUAUAGAUUUGUCCAAGGCAAAGACUGGGGCUUCAAAAAAUUUAUACGGAGAGAUUUCCUCCUUGAUGAAGCCAAUGGACUUUUACCAGAUGACAAGCUCACCCUGUUCUGUGAGGUUAGUGUUGUCCAGGAUUCUGUUAACAUUUCAGGCCAGUCUAACAUGAACAUGCUGAAGGUACCAGAGUGUCAGCUGUCUGAUGACCUCGGGAACCUGUGGGAGUGUUCACGCUUCACAGACUGCAGCCUCUAUGUGGGAGGGCAGGAGUUCAAAGCCCACAAAUCCAUCCUUGCAGCGAGGUCACCAGUUUUUAAUGCUAUGUUUGAACAUGAAAUGGAGGAGAGUAAAAAGAACCGUGUUGACAUCAGUGAUGUGGAUCCUGAUGUCUUUAAGGAAAUGAUGGGCUUCAUCUAUACAGGCAAAGCGCCAAAUUUGGAGAAAAUGGCAGACAAUUUGCUGGCAGCUGCAGAUAAAUAUGCUCUUGAGCGUUUAAAGGUUAUGUGUGAAGAGGCCUUGUGCAACAGCCUUUCAGUGGAGAAUGUGGCCGACACCCUCAUCCUGGCUGACUUGCACAGUGCCGAGCAGCUCAAAGCACAAGCCAUAGAUUUUAUCAACAGGUGCAGUGUCCUGAGACAGCUGGGCUGUAAAGAUGGAAAGAACUGGAAUAGCAAUCAUGCUACAGAUAUAAUGGAGACUGCAGGCUGGAAGUCAAUGAUCCAGUCCCAUCCUCACUUGGUAGCCGAAGCCUUUCGUGCCCUGGCUUCAGCACAGUGCCCACCCUUCGGUCUUCCCAGGAAGCGCCUAAAACAGUCUUGACUGCCCGACUGUGUCCCAGGACUUUACUGGAGGUGUGAAGCAUGGGUUUACAAAAAAGGACUAGCAAGGAUACCACUCUUUAUUUCCACCAAAACUGAACACACUUGAAUAAAGAAGAGUGGGGCUUUCUGGCCAGGGAUGUGGGGGAGACUGGCACGUGGAAGACUGACAUCAAUUGACUGGGGGGAGGAAAAAAAAAAUUGGUUCACUCGGUGUUGCUUGCUUGCUUUGCGGCCCGAACUGAAUUCUGUUCAGACUGGGUAGCAAGUCAAGCUCUCUGCUACAGUUUUAUUUUUCCUGUAAUUUUCAAAAUGGCCUUAAUAUAUCUGCCAUUGCUCUGGAGCUGCUCUGGAGUACUUUGUCUAUUUUACUCUGUGCCUGCCUUGUCACAAAGACCAGGCCUCCUCCAGGUUGCACUAGUUCCCAUGAAUAGUCAUUUUGAUAUGGAGUUCUAUAGGAACGUAACAAAGGUUUAACUAAAUGGGAAAUAUUAUAUAUUUGUAAUGUUUAGCCCGUUUUGUGACUAGACAUUAAAAAGCAUGAACACUUUCAGUGCAAGGUCAGUUCUUUACACUUUUUAAAAGAUGUGUAUGCCCCAUAUUGAUGGCACCAUUUCUAUGUAAAUGACAGUUGAACCAUCUUCAAAAGACCAAUGUACAAGAAAGUGUGUCCUAUUGCGUAUUUGUGGGGGGAAAUAGUGAUCUGCCAUUAUGAAGACAGUGUCGAUCCUUGUGAAACAUGUAAGACAAAAGUGUCUGUACUUUGGCCCUAAUAUAUUAAAACAUUGGAAGUAUAUGGACAUAUUUACUCAGUCUCCCAUUUGAAUGACUUUUUCCAGAUCAUACGUCUGUGAACUGUUAUAGAUUCAAUUUUGAGAAUUUGUUUCUUUAGUAUUGCCAACAUGCAAAUAUUAUAUAUUCUCAAUAUAUUGUGGUUAACUAAAAGUGGAGAGACUAAUGCAUGGUCAUGUUAUUGUCAAAAGAAAGUGUCCAAGUACCAAUUUUGUUUUAACCAUUUUUUUUUCUGCAAUUAUCUGACAUAUUUGUGCAGAAUAAAAUUAAUUGAGUAUGUGCAAAAUCUUCCUCUAACAUGCUUGGAUAUCUGUAGGAUGCUGAGCAUCACUUCUACUGGCAAUGUUAUUCUGUGUUUGAAUGGGGGGUUGUCAUUUUUUUAUUCGGUCCGUCUUGUAUGUUGUGGCGUGACAGACACUUCAGAGGAUUUUGUAAAUUACGAGUAGCAUCAUUUUUACAUGAUAUUACUCAUCAUUCAGCGUCAUGUUGAGAUGUUGAAAUGUUGGAAGCAAAAAAAAGAAAAAAACAAAAAGAUGAAGUUGUUGUCUGCAAGAAUGCCUGCAUUAACCCAUUAAAACAUUUUCCAGCAGUC